AUGGCGAGAACAAGAUCCACCAAGCCUGCGCCGGCAGCAAAAACCGAGUCCAGCAACACCUCGACGGCCAAAUAUACCUUACCCGAGGAGUCGCCCAACGCCCCGAAGCUAUUCAUUGUUCCCAAGAAAGCCACAAAAGAAGCUCGCAUAGUAUCUUUGCCCAACCCUCGCUACUCGAAACCCACUCGGUAUCUUUUAUGCCCGGACACGGGCAUUUAUGAGUUCACGAAAAUUGCAGCACCGAAGACAACACCUAGAAGCUGGAUGAUUGAGACACCUGCGGGCAAUUUGGAAAGAUCAGAGCCCAAGGAUGGUUUACAACCUGAAGCCCAGGUCACCAACGGCGCAGACCUCUUCGUCGCGACACCCGUUGACCCCCUCUUCUUGCUGGUACCUGGCCUCUUCGGGCCUACCAACGCCAAAACGUCAGAGACGAAGCGUCUCUUCCUUUCCAGCGACGACCACUUCGAUGCGCUGUCUACAUCAUCCUCCCACAUGUCCGAGGCUCUCCGAUGCCCCAAGACUCGAGCCCUACUCGAAUCACGAAUGGAGUCUAUUAGCGAUACUGUCGAUGCUGGCGAUGAGAAGAUGUACCGGCUGAGCGAGAAGAAGCUCGUUCUUCAAAUUCUCUCGAAGGCCCGCUCAAUGAGCUCUAACGGUCUUCCCGCCAGCAUGGAGGAGAAGUUCGUCAAGAAAGCCUUGGAAGCGCCUAUUCAGGUACAAAAAUCACAAGCCAUGGGUGUAACUAUCAAGCAGGCUCCCGAGACGACCACCGACGAAUCCAACACACCUACGCCCAAGAACGAGUCCGGAGAGUCCCAGUCCUCCAUUCCAACAGAAGACAGCACAACCACAGCUGUCUCGAACGCUUCAACGACAGCUACUUCUGUUGGGGGCGAGGUAGUUGAGGAAACAGUGGUGAGCGCGAUCCACGCAUCUGAUGAGGUGACUAGUCUCCAAAGACUCAGGGUUGCCUUCAGCUUCAUCUGCUCUAGCUACAUUGCGACAGCGAUGACACCGAAUCUCAAGGAGCUCCUUGCCGAUAAGGAAACGUCGGGCGUUGACUUCUCGCCUCUGGACGACUACCUGGCUCAACUCACCAAGCUUCGCGCAGAGGCUGCAUCAUCCCGGUCCAUGGCCGACUACUCUAGGAAGCGCAUGCUUGAUGAGGAGGAGGAAGAGGCCCGGGAUGAGAAGAAGCGGAAGAUGGAGGAGGAAAAGAAGAAGAAGGCCACUCAAAGCCGCGGCGUCAAGGCCUUGGAGAAGGUCAACACCAAGGGCAUGAAGAAAAUGAGCGACUUUUUCAAGAAGAAAUAG